AUGAGCUUUUACGAUAACUUAGCUGAUUCAGGCUACCUCAAUCAGCAGGACUUGCAAAAUCAAUUCCAAUCAAAUUAGUUUUUGCUUGAAAAAUCUAUGGAGGCUACAAAUAAGUUUGUGGACUUUGAUUAAUAUGAACUUGAAGCUUCAAAUGCAAACCAAAAUCCUUAUAUGAUAGGAAACUAAUUCAAAUUUGGAGGUAAUGAACCUAUGACUCAGAAUAUUUUACCUAAUUAAAACUAUAAGAAGACAUUCCAACCAGAUCUACAGGUUUAAACUUACUUAGACUAGUUCUAGAUGCCUAGUGCUAUCAAGUCACCUCUCUCUGGCUAAAAUAAUAUCAGCUAAUUAGACAUCCAGAAGAAUUUAUUCGGACAAGGAAAUCAAUAUGAGGAUAAUGAUGGCCUUUUAAAAGAUUCAAUUACUGGGCUUCCUUACAAUCAGCCAAGAAGGCUUCUUUAAAUUGAGGAAGACGAUGUUAUUUAAAUUUAAACUUUCAAUCAACCCAAAGAAAUACAGACAGGCAGAUUCCCUAAAAACCAUAAUUCUGAUAUGAUGUUUGAGCAAAAGUAAACUAUUUUAUUUAAUGAGGAGAUCGAGAAAUUCAAGAAUUAAAAUGAUUAAAUAUAGUAAGUGCUUAUGCAAUUAUAAGGACCUUAGGGAGGCAACUAGAAUUUGAAACAUGUGUCUGAUCCAUUUACUCUUAAUAAUCAUUAACUAAAGACAUAAAUCAACAAUAUGGAUUUAAAUCAAGUAAAUCAGAGCAGCAACAGCAGUUAUCACUAUCAAAACUUGCAGAGAUCUCAAUCUUAAUUGAUUCCUAAUUUGAAUUAAAAUUUAGGAGGAGUUUAAACUGAGUAGCAAAGACUGGCUCGUUACAACUUUGAUAGACUCAAUCAAGAUAACUCCAUCUUGGAAUUAGCAAAGAUGAAGGAUAGUGGCAAUAGUAAUAGUGUUACCCCCUAGUCAUUGUACGCGAAUAAUGAGAUUAAAAUCAACAGAAAUAAUGAGGUUGAGUAUUCUAGAGAUGCCUCUUAUAUAUAGUAACAAUAGAAUAAUAGCAAGAUAAUGAUGGCAAAUGAGUUCAAUAAAAACUAUCCUCAAUUCAACAUUGACAAUAACGACUUCUUUAAAAUUCCACCACUAAACACAGGAUUACCUACUGUUGGCAAUAGUAUAAUUUCAUAUUAAAAAUUUACUCCUCCUUAUAACUUGAAUGGUAGAUUGCCUGAAGAAUAUGAAUAAGAGAAUAUAGAUCAAAAUCUGUACCAAGGUAAUAAUACUUUUCUUCCACCAGUAAGAGGAAAUUAAUAAUAUUCUGGGCAUCAGAAUUUCAACCUUGUAUAAAAAUCUGAUGAGAGCAUGAUUUAAAGGGAUGCUUUUCCUGAAGUCAUGAAGUAGAAAUAAAUCCCGUCAUAAAUCCAUUACGAAAGAUAGAUAUCUCAACAGGACUACAAAAGGAAAGAAAUAAUGAGCAAAUUUGAUGACAUACCAAUCAAGGACUUAAACAAAGCAGAUGGAUAUCAAGAAAAGAGACUAGAUGAUGAAAAUGAAGAUUAGUAUGAUGAUGGAGAACAAAAUCUUAGCUUAAUAGAAUAAGUUGAUCAUAUUAAAUGGAAAAUUAGAAUGUCAGCUUACAAGGAAAUUAACAAUCAAUUCUAUAACGAAUUUUCAAAGAACUGCAAAGCAACUAAACUUAACGAAUUUUAAGACGAAGAAUAAGGCAUGAAUCCAUUUGACAUGUAUGCAAACAUCCUACCAAAAAUGAUUUGUGACUCAAAUCUUGUUGCUUAAUAUGAAGGAUUGAAUUGUUUGUUGACAUACAUAAAGUUUGCAGCUGAUAUAAAAUAAGUAGUCCAUUAGGUUAAUGGGAUUCUUCUUGAAAAAAUACAACAUAACAAGCCAAACUUCAGAGAAAUCACCCUGAAAAUAGUCAUUAACAUUUUAAAGAAGGACAAAUAGCUAACUAUAUUGCCAGAGAUAGUAAGAAGAUUUAAAAAUAAAAACACUAAAAUAGCCACCUUUGCCUGUGAAUCUGUAGUUGAAUGUUUUAAAUAGCAAUUACUAAUUGAUGAGUCAUCAAUGAAGCAAAUUUUUAAAGCUACCUAGGAUAAUCUCGGACAUUCCAAUAAAGAGCUUAGAGAUACAUCUUUUCAAAUAAUCCAGGAGAUUUACAAGAACUGCGAAGAUGAUCUCAAUAAUUUUAUGAAGAACCUUAAGAAUCUUAGACCAGUUCAGCAAAAAGAUAUUAAAGAUAUGCUCAGUGAAAUUGGGAAAUAAAAAUCUAAUAUAAUGUUAUUCAAAAUUUAGGCAACAUAAGCAUAGACUUAUACAGAAGGAUUUUCCCCGAAAAGAGGAAAAGAGAAGCAAUUAAUGUAAGAAUAGGAAGUAUAAUAAGAAUAAAAUGAUAAAUUUGAAAGUGACUUACUACUGCUUGUGCCUGAGAAUUUCUAUGAAAUACCUUACAUAAGUUAAAUCAAUGCCAAAAAGAAGGGAAUGGAAGCAUUUAAUGCAGAACUUGAGAAAAUUAUAAGCAGAAAAUAGUAUUCUUAAGUGUAGAAUAAAGACUAUACCUAAAUUUUUAAUGUUGUGACUCAUGUAAUUUUAUUUAAACUUAUAAAAUAAUAGAUGCUUGAGGAUUCAAACUCAUUGGUCUUCAUGGAAGGUAUCAAGACGGUUGAGUAUUUAAGUCAAAUAAUGGGCAAGAAUAUCAAAGCCUAAAAGAUUAGAUAAUUUAUUGGACUUCUAGCUGAUAAGGUAAUCAUUUUGUUUUAUCAAUAAUUUAUUUAGUUCAAAGAAACAAAAACUGGUCCAAUAAAUGCAGUUAAUAGAGCUUUGAAUAUGAUAAUUAAAAAGCAAUGCCUUCCUAUUAGUGGUUUUUUUGAACAUUCAAUAAAUACAUUAACUUUUAACAGUAAAAAUGCAAGAGUGAAGCAAUUACUGCUUGAAAAAUGUGAUUAAAUUAUCUAAGAAGAGUAAAGUCUCAGUGAAGAAGUCAUACUAGCAAUAUUCAAAUCAGUCAAAGAUAAAGUUGUCAGUCUUAUCCAAAAAGAUACAAAUGCAAGUGUAAGAGAUGCAGCAAUUUCUCUAAUCGCAACAUUUAAAGCAUUUAGUAAGAAUCAAGAGAAGUCAAUUAUUGACGAAGUUAUUAAUACAAUGCCAAAGUACAGAAUCACUGAAAUUUAAAAAUUGGUGACAGAAAGAUAGUAAACUAAGGUCAUUUAAUCUCCAAAAUGUAAUUCAAAUGAUACUGAAGAACAAAUUUAAAGUAAAUAAAAGGAAAUCCCAUAAAAAGCAAAUGACUUUUACUAUGAUGGUAGAACUAUCCCUGGAUAAUAUCAAAUUCAUUUGGCAGACAUCAUUCUCAACAUUAAGAAAAUGGCUACAUAAAGUGUCAAUGGUCUCACAGCUAUAUAACAAAAAUGGGAUGAUGCUAUUGAAAAUUUGGGAGAUAUCGGACUUAAAUAAACUAAGCCAAUCAUAAUAUCUUGCAUGCAUUGGCUUUUCAGCUAGAAUUAUAAGUUUAUCAAAGAAAAUCAGUAGGUUAUAGAUAGCUUACUAAAUUUAAUGAAGAAAGUUUACUGUAUCGAGAGAAGUGUUGAGUUUGAUUCUUCAACUCAUUCAAGUUCCGAACUUGAAUAAGCUAUUCAAAUUGUUCUGCUAUCUUUGAAAUGGAUUAAUUAUCAAAAGUAGCUCGAAAUCAUUCUCAACAUUUUGCAGUCUUCAUCUCCAACAAUCUAGGUAUUUAUAAAUUCAUUACUUAAAGGAUUCAACUUAUUUUCAUCAACUUAACUAAGGGAUGAAUUGCCACAGGUUCUAGUAUUUGCAUUCAACUGGCUUUCUCAAAAAAUUAAUUUGCUACUUCAAAAAGGAUUGAACUACAGUGAUUUUGAAGAUAUCAGAUCUGAAGUUCUAACUAAUUAUUUAGGAAUAAUUUUGGAUGAGGAUAAAAGAAAUACUGUAAUUUAAGCUAUUAUAAGCUUUAAGGAAUAAAUAACUUAACAGAAAAAGAAAAUAGAAUAUCUUCAUGAUUAAAGUUCAAUUAUGUAGGAGGAGGAAGAGAAAUAGGAUGAAGAAGAUAAUAAAAUCACUAGUAAAAUUGUAAAUUAGAUAAACUCUGUUGAUCAUUACGAGGAGCUUAAAUUGUCUGAGCUUUAAUAACCAGUUAUUCAUAAAACUAUUGGUGAAGAAAUAGCAAUGGUGCUAGAUUCUGAUUUUAAUCAAGGACUUUAAUUGAUUAAGAAAUUAGAGGGUAACAGUUAAACUCUUUCUAAUGAAGACAAAGAACUAAUUCUUCAAAAAGUUCUAUCCUUCGUCACAAAUAUUUCCAGAACUCCUAUAUAAAAGUAAUAAUAAGCGUUUUCUUUGAAGGCUUUGCUAUGGAUGAAAGAAGAAAUAUUUGGAGUAGAGGAUUGCUACAGAUUUUCUCCAUUUAUAAUGUCAAGCUUUGCCUAGGCUGAAUUCGCUCAGAGAGAUAGUUCAGUUGAAAAAUAUUUAAUGGAUAAAUGGAUACAAAAUUUCAGACUUAAAGAUCUUAUUGAUAGAAUUUCAGUGGCCUGUUCUGAAAAUUAAGAUUUAUUUGCCUCUCUGUUUAAUUGGCUAAUGAUCAGUACAAUUAAGGGCAAUGAAGAGGAAAAAUGGGCCAUUGAAGAUUUUAGAAAAGUUUCUUUGAUGCUAGCAAAAAAUAUAUUGGAAACAGUGGUUUCAGAAUUUUUCCAAAUCUGUGUAGAAAAGUUUGGAACUCAAAAAAUAUAAGAUUUUAUGGAAAUUUAACUCAUGCAUCAUCAAUAACUAUAUAAUGUAUUUAUGGCUUGGUUCACUUAAAACUAUCUUAAUCAUUAGCAAAAACAGCUAGUAAUGUAAGAUAAAUUGAAUCUUCCUCAGACUAAGGGAGAGAGUAGCAGUAAUUAAAGCAGUGUCUAUAAUUCAAAUUUUGUAUAAACAAGAGAAGGUCUUCACUUUUAAGAGUAGUAGUAAAAUAAUGUAGAUGAAAGUGGCAUUCAUUCAGUAAGAGGUAAAUCUGCAUCAAGUCAGCAUUCUUAAUUAUACUAAAAAUUGAGAGAAAAAAGAAAAAGCAGUAACCAGAGGAAAUUUGGAGAUGAUGAUGGCUUUAAUAAAUAUGAGCAAAUUAUGAAUAGAUUAGAAGCUUAACUCCAGUAAUAAAAUUCGAGCAAGAAACAAAAAGAGCCUGUAUCUGAUUCAAAAGAUGACUCUGCAGAAAAGUAACCAUAAUAGUAAAAUAUUUAAUUCUUCAAGACUAAUGGUAGUAAUUAUUAUCAAAGCGAUAAAAGCAAAAGAUAUUAAAUAGUAAAAACAGAUGAAGAUGACGAAUUAGAAGAUUCUCUACAUCUAAAAAAUGACGAUAUUUAACUAAGAGUUCAAUAAUAAAACCAAGUUAAACCUACUUAAAUUGAAGAAUAUAAGAGUGAAAAAGCUGAAAAUUUAGUUGACAAUAAAAUUUUAGACUAGGAAUAUAAAUUAAAAGAGAGUACUAUGAAAGAAAAUCUAUGGAGACUUGAAUUAGAAAAGCUCUAACUUGAAAAAGAAAGAAUUGAAAGAGAAAGAUAUGAAAUAAUGCAGGCAAAAAAUAAGGAAACUGCCGAAUGGAGAGAGAAAUAUGAAGAUAUCAGAUAAGAUCAUAAUGAUGUCAUCUCUAACCUCUAAGAAGCGAAUAAAUGCUACUUGACUUAGGUCAGUGAAAAUGAAGAUCUUAAAAACUAACUCAAACUAAUGCAAGACCAACACAAGUUUAUGCUAAAGAAAUUCGACGAAUUUGAACAGAGAUUAUAAUAGUAAUAAGAACAGCAAAUUCUGUAGAAACUAUAACCAGAUAGGAAGUCAAAGGAUGUUAAUGUCGUAAAAGAAGAGUAACUUGCAAUUGUAAAAUAGCUAUUCAAUGAUCAUUAGGUACAGUCAGUUCAAGGUGCAGAGGAAAUUGGUGUAAAAAAGAUUUAAGAACUCCUUCUAAAUUUCGAUGAUAAGGAAGAAACUCAAAGAAUAGGUGUUGCUCUACUAAUUCAUUAUUAAUAACUCAAAAACAGUGACUAAAAACUCAAAUUAGUUAUGGCUCUCUAGGUUUCCCUAGAGAAUGAAGAUAUCUUGUUUGCAUUGCCCCUUGAAACUUACAGGACUCUGCUUGAUUUCAACCUUAAAAUAUUUGCCAAAGAAAAAGCUCUCUUAGAGUCUACCAACAUAAGAGCUUCAUCUCAGUCAAUGCAAAAAGGGAUCAAUGAAUAGAACUAAAUUACUUAAGAGGCCUAAAAGCUCGUUAGUAAACUACUGAAUUCUAAAGAAUUCACCACUUCUCUUGUCACAUUGUUCUAAAUUCUAAGAUCAGCAAUGCCAGAAAAUCUUGCAACAGAUCUGUCAGAGGAGUAAAAGCAUUAUUUAAGGGUAGUUUUGAGGUGUAUUUCAAGAAUAACUAAAGCUCUUCACUCUGAAAAUCCUGAUCUGAUUCGUGCUUUUGAUGUUUUGAUUGAAAUGCAAAAGAUAUUCAUUAAAAAUCCUCCAGAAAGCUUAAGAGAAGAUCUUCCAUGUUUAUAGGACUUUGAUUAUGUUUAUAGAGGGCUCAAAGAUGUUAGUGAUAAGCUAAUGGAAUUGCAGCCAGAAAAAGUUGUAUCAUUUCUUGAAUUCAUUUAAGAUUAAAAGCAAAAUGCCUUUACUAAGUACAUGUAAUAAGUAAUGGCUCCUAGAAUGACUAAAUAAAAUGAUGAUUACUACUAUUGA